AUGAAUUGUUGCGAUUCUUGUUUAUAUGAGCAACAAUGCAGGGACCUGGAAAAUCUUGAAGUACAUGCAAGGGAGACUCUCUUCAGCUUAUGUGAAAUUGAAGCUUUGUAUGAAUUAUUUAAAAAGAUAAGAAGUAUUGUGGUGGAUGAUGGGCUGAUCAACAAGGAAGAAUUCCAGCUUGCACUAUUCAAGAGGAAUAAAAACGAGAGCUUGUUUGCAGAUCAGAUUUUUUACUUAUUCGUCACAAAGCACAACGGGGCAUUGAAUUUCAAAGAAUUUGUUCGUACUCUUUCUGUAUUUCACCCAUAUGCUCCUACUGAUGAUAAGAUUGAUUUUUCAUUCAAGUUAUAUGACCUUCACAAGCAAGGAUUUAUCGAAAGAUCGGGGAUCAAACAAAUUAUAAUAGCUACAAUAGCUGAAUCUAGUAUGGAUCUUUCAGAUGAUGUCAUAGAAAGCAUUAUUGAGAAGACCUUUGAACAAGCAAACACCAAAUGCUAUGGCAAGAUCGACGAAGAUGAGUGGCGUCGCCUUGUUCUGCGGCAACCAAUUCUCUUGAAGCACAUGACCCUUCAAUACCUCAAAAAUAUCACCACCACAUUACCUAGUUUUAUUCACUCUCAAGUUGAAGAUACGUGA